AUGCUCGUCGGAGCGGCCUUCUCUAUGCGCACGUCAAGCGGCACGCUGCGCACAAUGUGCACAAGUGCGAUGCGCGCACAGGCGCCACGCCCUCCCACGCUGAUCCCCAGCGCCCACGUGCUGGCUGGUACCCCGACGCCGAAGGAUCCCAUUGAAGUCGCGCGUAUAUACCCUGACCACCCUCUGAUGCGCUUCUUCCAGCGUGUGCCUCUGGAAGUUCCGCGUGCAGGCACGCAAGGCAAGCACGCUGACGAGCGCGAUACGCUGCAUGUACCCCAGGCAGUGACCGAGGCAGACCUCUCGAAGGAGUUCUCCUCGCGCUCGUGGCUCGCGCCGGAGCUACGCCGGAAAAGCAGCGCGGACCUGCACAACCUCUGGUACGUGCUCUCGAUUGAGCGCAACCGCCUCGCGACGAGCUGGGAGGAAAUCAAGCGCCACAAUGCCGAGGGCGCUGCGCGCAUGCUCGGCGAAAGCCUGUCACACCGCCACCACAGGUUUGUGUUGAACGAGCGGCGCCUCGCGCUUAUCGAGGCGCAGCAGCAGGCGCGCCUCGACGGCGAGACUCAGCCGGAAGAGGACGACGGCGAACUCUUUGAGACACGGCCCACCGCCUAA